CUGAAAAAGGUUUAAACGGAGCAUUUGAAUCAAAGUCUACAUUUAAAGGACUAUGUGAAAUAAUAAUGCAAAUAGCUCAGCGUGAAGAUAAUAGCAAAGCUAUACUUUCUAGCCUAAGCCCAAAAGCGUAUGAUUUUUUUCGAGCCAAUUUGGCAGGACAAAUGCUACGAAAUAUUAG